AUCGCGGCAUUAUCAGUUUGUCUCUUCCAGUGGCAACAACGAACGCUCCUCUCGAAAAUAUAUUCGCCCAAAACAAUCUUAUAUCUUAUCGGCAAUGCCACUGAAAUUUCAUAGAUUGCUGCUGCCGCUGCUCCUGUUCGCUUGUCAACUGCUGGCCGAAAUUCCUCAGUGCUUUCACUUCACCUGGCUGGGUGCCUACGCGAAUCACUCGAACAUUCAGUCGGAAAGCUGUGAGUCCAGAGUGGGUGACUUCAAUGAAAUACCCUGCGCAGAACCAUUGGUUUUGACACCCGACGAUACAGUGCCGGAUGUGAAGGCUCUGUGGCAGAAUAACACCGAGGAUCGCGACAACUAUCUGUGCCAAAUGUCGCCGGGUCGUUCAUGUGUGAAAUACUCGUACAUAUUCAAGGGCGGAAUACAAAACAUCACGUACAUGUGCGCCAAUGUAAACAGCACCAACGGAUGCUAUCGACAGACCCAUCCAACUGGUAUGGUUGUGGAGGCAUGUGUCUGCACCUCCCGCGUGGGCUUGAUACCCUGUAAUGGCUGCUCGAAGUCGCAGAGCGCCGUGCUGGGCUCGGCUCUUUGUUUGCUCGGCCUUUAUCAAUGGCUAAAUAAAUAUCGCAUAGUUUGAACUGCAAAUACACACGAUUUCGCCUUUAUGUAAUGUGA